GACUCUCUUACACACACCUUCUUCUUGUAGCCGCUUCGGAAUGAAUUCUGUGGUGCAAGUUUGUCAGGCUUGAGAAUUCGGCCGCCGACACAGCGGAAAUGGAGAGCCUGGGCCAGCUGCAAACGCUGAACAUGCAUACCAAGAUUAAGAUGCUCCUUCCAGGGUGGCCUUCUCGGCCAGCUCCCCUGGUUCAGGUUCACAAACCGACGGCAGCGUCACAGCCAGCCGCUCCUGCACCAUUGCCCACGUCUCAUGGCAUGCAGCGCUCCCCAGCGCUUGCGGCCCUGCCCAGCAACACUGAACCGGGGUUGGCGUCUCCCGCCGCAACUACAGCCGCAGCACGCAACUCGGAGCAGCCUAGCAAUCAUGCAAGGCCAGGGAGCACGAGACCCAGCAGCCGAGCUCCUGUCGCCUCUUCCAGGCCCCCCGCGCCACGCUCGGUUCUGGGCGAAGUUCGCGGCGCGGGGCUGCAGCAGUGGGUGGAGCUGGUGCGCCUCUACAGUGACCCGGCGGGCGCGGAGGACGCGGCUGCAGCAGCGGCCGGCACAGGGGCCAGGCGGCGGAAAGGCUCUGGCCUGGGGGGCGUGUUCGCUGCUGACGCACUCUUCCGUGCCGCACACUUUGUUGACGGCGACGGGAAGCUGCACUCCAAUCCGCUGGAGUCGUGGCGCACACACAGCCUGGCGCCCAAGGCAGCAGGUGCAGCCGUGGCAUCAGCGGCGGCAGCGGCGGCCAACAUUGCGGACUUGCCUCGCGGCGCGCCUGCGGCGCAGCUUAUCGACGCAGUGGCCUUCUCGGAGCUGGUGCAGCAGUUGCUGCCUGACGCGGCGGAUGCGGCUGAGGCCGGGCAGCUGGGCUCGGUGCGUGGCGCCCGGCUUCUCUGGGCGCUGGCUAAGCUAUCGGCUUCGCCUGGGGCGGCCGAAAGCACAGGCGAGGGGCCGGGACAGCCGCAACGGGAACGGCAAGGCAAGGGGCCGACCAUCAGUAGCGCGGCGCCGCUGCCGCGGGCUGCGAUGCGGCAGCACGGCGAGCGCUGCGCCGUGGCGCUGGCGGCGCAGCUGCUGCGUGAGGCUUGGCAGGCGCAGCAGCAGCAGCCAGGCGCAGCAUCCGGGGACGCACCAGCCCCUGCGCCACUGAUCCCUACUGCUGCAGGGCCAGCCCGUGCCAACACGCCCGCCACCACCACCACUGCUGACGCCAGCUUCAUGUCCUCGGGGCGGAACGUGGUCAUGGUCAUGUGGGCCCUGGCCCGUCUGUCGGCGGCCGGCUUCCUCCCUCGCAGCGCCGGCUCCAGCUCCAGCGGCAGCUCCGCCGCUGGCGCCGGCUCCGUCCACCACGGCGACCUGUGGCAGGCGCUCAGCGCCGCGCUGCUGCCCUACGUGCCAGGCCCGGCGUCAUCGGCCACAGCUGCAACCGCCGGCAGCGGCUUGCCGGCCCGCGAGCUCAGCAACGCGCUUUGGGCUCUGGCCACGGUGCGCAAGUGCGGCGCGGCGGUGUUUCCGGCGCUGGUGGCGGCCAUGGAGGCGCACCUGGCGGCGGCAGGCGCGGCACCCGUCGGCGCUGUGCCGGUCGCGGGCGGCCGCUGCAAUGCGCAGGACAUCGCCAACACAGUGUGGGCGCUGGCGCGCGCGGGGACGGACCCGGAGGCGCGCGUGAUGCGGCUGGCUGAGGGCGCGGUGCUGCGUGCGGCGCCGCAGCUGCGGGCGCAGCACGUUGCCAGCCUGCUGUGGUCAUUCGGCGUGCUGCGCUACUCGCCCGCGCUGCGCCCCCAGGCCCUGGCCGUGCCGUCCGGGAGCGGUGGCAGUGAUCGAGGUGGCGGCAGGGGCAGCGGGCGGGUGGCGGAUCUGUACAGUGUGCUGGGUCAGCGGGCGGGGGAGCUGCGCAUGUGGUGGAGCGGUGAAGAAGACCAGCUUGCGCAGGUGGUCUGGUCGCUGGUCCGCAUGCACGAGCCGCCGGCACGGACGCUGGUGACGCCGCCGCUGCUGGCCGCGGCUGCAGAGCGCCUGGCUGCGGGCGCGGCGCGGCUGAGCCUGCGCGAGGCCGCUAUGGUUGCGUCGGCCUACCGGGACGCACGCUUCGCGCACCCACCGCUCUUCGCGGCGCUGCUGAAGCGCGCUUGCGAGCUGCCCGAGCGCGAGCUGGGCGGGGCCGGCGAGGGGCCGGAUGCGAGCGCCAGUGGGGGCGGCGCGGGCUCGCCCCACGCGGAUGUCAGCAUUGCGCUGCUGCUGCGCGGGCUGGCCUGGGCGGGGGCCUACGACCCGGUCGUCUACACGCGGCUGUGCUCCGCGCUGCGCCGCCACCACCUCGCCGCCAUCUCGCCGCAGCCGCUGGCCAUGACGCUGUGGGCACUGGCACGCGUGCAGCACCGGCAGCCCGAGUUCCUGGCCUCCGCCACCUUUGUCGCCACCGCCAUCGUGGGCCGCUUCCGCGGCGGCGAGCUCGCCACUGCGGCGCUGGCGCUGGCGACGCUGGGUGUCCGCAGCGCCGCGUUCUUCGACGCGGCCGCUGUGGCGCUGACCACGCUCCGCGGCAGCGGCCGUGGGCACAUGUCCCAGGAGCUGGAGGCAGCUGGGCCUAAGGCAGCGGCGGGCCGCGGGCGGGGCUCGCUGGUGCCGGGGGAGGCGCCGCUGGGGCGCAGCGUCGGCAGCCGGCGUGGGGCCGACCCAGAUGAGGCCGCGGAUGAGGAGCUUGACGCGGGCAUUGAGGCGGGCGAGGAGGAGGAGUACGAGGAGGAGUACGAGGAGGUGGAAGGGCGUGCCGCGUCAGUGCCGGCGCAGGCGCGCAGCGCCAGUUCAGGCCGGCGCGGCAGCGCGCGGCGCGGUGGGCGGCGGUACUGGCUGUCUAAGGCCGUCAACGAGGCGGCUCAACGGGACCGCUGGCGGCUUGUGGAUCUGCUCAAUCCGCAGGAGCUGGCCAACGUGAUGGCGGCGUUCGCCACCUCGGGCCACGUGGACGAAAUGCUGUACUACCGCGCGCAGGUCCGAGUACAGCGGCUGCUCAAAGCCUCCGGCUUGCUGCGCAAGGAGGCCGCCUCCGCCUCCGCAGCCGCCGCCAUGACCACGCCCUCCGCCGCAACAGCCGGCUCUGCCGCCUCAGCAUCUCCCACAACCGCCUCCGCCUCCGCCUCCACGGCACAGGCGCUGCGCGCCGGCGACCCCGUCGCCGCACUGGACAUGUCCGCCGCCGCCGUGGUCAAGCUGCUGUGGGCCUUUGUUGCGGUGGGCGCCACGCCGUCGGAGACGCCGCUGUUGUCGGACCUGGCGGCGCGCGUGCGGCAGCUGCUGUGGCGCCUGGAGCCGCGCGACAUCGCCUCCCUGGCGUGGGCGCUGGCCACGUCGCGACUGGGCCUGGAGGGCUGCGCGGACCUGCUGGACCGGGCGGUGUCGGCGGCGGGCACACACGCCCCGGCCUUCAGCCCGCGCGAGCUGGCCACGGUGGCCUGGGCGGCGGCGAGCUGCGGGCGGCGGGAUGACCGGCUCAUGGCGGCCUGCGAGCGCGUGGUGCUGAGCUGGAGCCACGGCCAGGCGGCAGAGCACAGUGCGCGCACGGCCGGUUGCAGGGGCCAAGAAGGGGCGGCUGAGGAGCGGAGGAGGAGUUUGCGGGGCGUGGGCGCAGGCGACCGCGUGGUGGCCAGCAGCGUGGAUGAGGACGAUGACGAGAGCGGCGGCGCCGCCCUCUUCCCGGGGCCGCUGCCAGGCGGUGCCGGCGCUGCGGAUUCGCGCCCAGGCGGCGCCGGUGGUGCCGGUCGCGCAGCGGCAGGCCUGACAUUGCAGGUGCUCUCUGACGUGGCUUGGUCGCAUUCGGCGUUGCGACUGUACCGGCCCCAGCUGCUGGCGGCUGUGGGGUCGGCGGCGGCGGGCCAGCUCAACGCCGCCGCUGACGCGCUGGCGCGACAGCAGCAGCUGCAUCUACAGCCGCAGGUCAGCGGGCUGCUGGCCCCGGGCAGCGGUGACGAGGCGGGCAGGUUGACGGCGGCGGCGGCGGAGGCGCAGCUGACGGCGCCGCAGCCCGACCUACAACACGUGGUGGCGCUGUUAGAAGCCUUCGCCGUGUGGGCGGCGGGAGCAGCCAGCACGGGGGCAGGGACGAACGCCAACGGCGCGGACACCAGCGGCGAGGAGGGCCAGGCCAGCUGCUACGACGACGCGUUGUUCCGGGCCGCAGCGCGGGUGCUGCUGGCGCGCGCCGACGAGCUGACCAACGAGGAGGUGGUGACGGUGGCGUGGUGCUGCGCCAUGGUGCUGCACCAGCUGCCGCGGCCCGCACCCGCGCCCGCGCGUCCCCACAACCCGCCAGCCCACCAGCAGCUGCAGCACCCACUGCAGCAUGCACAUGGCGGCGCCAAUGCCGGUGUUACCGGCGCUGGUGCUGACGAGGAGGCGGAGCACCCGGUGGUGCUGCUGCUGGGCUCGCUGUCGGGGCUGCUGGGUGGCAUGCGGCCCGACUCCUUCCUGCAGCCUGAGCUGGUGCAGCUGGCGCAGGCGAGGGCAGCCAGCCGCGAGUACGCCGCCAGGGCCGGUGCUGCUGCAGCCGUGCCGGCCGCUGCUUCUACUGCCGCCAGCACUGCGGCGGAUGGAGCUGCUGCUGCUGCUACAGCUGCAGUCCAGGCGGUUCCGGAGGGGCCGCUGCGGCUGCCGCCGGCCCUGCGGGACCGCCUGGCGGGCGUGUGGGGCGCGGCGCCGGCGGCGCGCACUCGGCGGGCGGUGGUGGAGCUGUGCGCAGCGCUGCAUGAGGCGGGGUUCGGGGACGUGUGCAUGGACGCGCGCUGCGGCCUGAGCCUGGGCUCAGCACUGGCGCAGGCGCAUGGGCCGUACCAGGGGCAGGAGGAGUCGGAGCUCGUGCCCGUGGAGGUGGCGGCGCUGGCGCCUGCGGUAGCGGCGGCGGCGCGGGCGCAGGGUCUACCGCAGCCUGGGCAGGGGAGGGUCGGGGGUGUUGGCGGCCGGGGCGACACACACUACGCGUUCCUGGUGGCCGGGCCCGACCACUAUGCGGCGGGGCAACCGGAGGUGCUGUGGGGAGCCCACGCCGCCCGGGCGCGCAUGCUGGCAUCGCGCGGCUGGCGGGUGGUGGUGGUCCCGCUGCCGACCUCGCGGCGGCCGGCGGCGCGGCGGGGUGGGCCAGGGGCGAAUGAGCGCGGCAGCGAGGGGGGCGGCGGCGGGCACCAGGUGGCGCGGGAGACGCGGGAGCACGUGCUGGGCGUGCUUCGGGCGGCUCUGGGGUCCUUGGCAGGCGGUGACGCGCAAUAAAGUAAGCGUGGUGGUGUGUCUUGCCGUGUUGCCUAGGGAAUAGUUCAGGAAGCGCUGCACCAAUCAAGCGCCGCUGCACAGCAUGUCGGUCCCGUUCUUGGUAGAGGAUCACCUGGUGUAUGUGAUGACGGUAGUUCGUUGUCAAUAAGGGCCCGCAAUAAGCUGCAUUGUUCGCACCGCACAGUAAACGCAUCAAGUAAGAAUGACAGCGUCGACAGCGACUGUGGAGGAGCCGAUGUCGUACGUAGACGGCGUGAUGGCGAGCCGUAUGUGGCGGUAUAGUAACAACUGUUGUGAUGGCGUCAGGGAGGGCUGGCACGGGGAGCAAGACUUGGAGACAUAGUAUGCUGAGGGUAAGCAGCAUGCUCGCUUUCCCAAUGUGCAUAUCGUCUGGUACUAUCGUUGGAAGCGAACACAGGGCCAUGCGCUGCUUUCCUGAUCGUCUACAGUGCCCUCCACGCAGGGGUCGUAUCUUGUCUUCGGGGUGAUGUCUAGCUCCAGACAAAACCGGCCGGGUAGCCGCCGUCUUUUGUCUGGGCACAUGGCGGUUUGGGGGCUUCUCCAUAGGAAUUCGGACAAAACCGGCCCCAAACCCGGGCCAACAAAGUCUCGCCCCAGACAUUAGCUCCUGGAAGGAAUGUCUAGGAAACGGCCAAAAUGGCCGAUUCAUGUCUGGAGACAUUAAGAUAGGAGCCCUGCCUCCACGAGUGCGACAUGCCCCCACGGUAUAAGUGCCAUCUGUGGCUCUCGCCAAUGCCGCGUCCCCACACGCCGAAGCCAUGUGUUGAGUUUGCGCCUAGAACAGACGACCACUCAGGACGGUGUAUUUGUUUGGGCGGGCGAAGGUGCAGGUUUGGGCGGGGGCAGGUGAUCGUCUACAUAGAAGUGAUUGAGUUUUAACACUCCCAAUGGUUUGCAUUCUUCAUGGUCUCAUGCUGAUUUCGUUGCGUGCCUCGCGAAUGCAGGCAGGUAGGUACGGAAAGGCUCGACCCCGGGAGAAGGCCCACGGGGAAGGCCUGGAUCACCGAUGGAUCCUGAUGUGCAGCUGGUGCGUGCCGCAUUGAGCCGCAUCCUUAUAGGGUAUGGUGCACAUCUAAACCGUCGACAGGGCGCACGGUGUGCAGUGCUGCAGCCUGCAGGUAGGGAGCGUCGCAGCAAAGCUUCGGACGGUUGGAUUGCGGAAGGGCGGAAGGUUCGGUGGUAGUGGCGCAUGCAUGUAAGCGGUGUCAACAGCCUCAGGUGCGUGCCGCACCUCUUAACAGAGCGCACGGUGUGCUACUGUGCUGCUCUAUGGCGUGAUACCACCCACAUACGCAUGACGUUGAAGCUGUGGGGCAUGAUAGUCUCGCGUGACGAAGAAGGAUGGUAGUAAAACUGUGAGCGCGGCACGAUGCAUGCAUGGCACGCAAAUCCGCUGAUCCAUCUUCCUGUCACAAAUUACAGGCAUUUUGCUGGACCAGCUGUUCUUUACUUGUGCGCACAUAUGAUGGAUUGCGCCUCAACGCAGAAGUUUAGCCGAGUUUACGCGAAACCUUCUUCCUCGUUCCAGCGCUUUCCUUGGCCAAGUACCAGGGACUUGACCUUACGAACAAGCAUCCAGCGAACAUGACAAUUAACUGGCUGCUUGGACUGCAGAAGAGUUGUGCGAAAGCACACAUGAUUCCUUUCACGAGCUC